AUGUGGGGAACUAAUGGUGAGAAAUCAAUCUUACAAUUCUUUAACAUCCAAGUCAGGAAAAUGAGAAGAACAAGAAUUAUUGAAAUCUUUUUUUAUCUGGCAAAUGAGAAUGGAUUUUUGUUAUGUUGUGAUGGGGAUGCUAGAGGAAAUCCAGGCAAUGCAGGCUAUGGCUUUGUAGUAACAGAUCAUGUUGGAGCAUUUAUCUUUGCAGAAGCUGGUGGAUUAGGGAUUACUACUAACUAUGUAGCAGAAUUCAUUUCUUGUAUCAAGGCUUUAGAAUGGGCAGUUGAUCGUCACUUUUUCCAGCUAAUUCUGCAAACUGAUUCUAGUAUGUGUGCAAAGGCUUUACACCAACAGAAGAUCCCUUGGUUUUUACUAGCUAGAUGGCAGAGAAUUAUGGCUAGUAUUCACUCUAUUACCUUCAAACAUGCCUACAGAGAGAUCAACUUUUCAGCUGAUCAUUUUGCUAAAAAGGGAACACAUCUACUGAAGGGGCAAACCUUGAGUUUCAAUGAAAGGCCCAGCAACUUGCUAAGGCUUGAAUCCCCAGGGCAACCAUAUUACAGAUUUGUUUAG